GGUCAUUUAUCUUACUACCGUAUUCGGGGCAUCCUCAUUUGUCAGUGGGUAUCCAGGAGAUUAUAAAGAGCGUUUCUCAGAUGAAUCCAUCCGCCAUCAAAGUGUCUGGGAGUAAAAAAAAAACGUCAUCGUUUGUUUUUUUGUGAUCAGGAUCAUUUGGUGCACAGCCGGGGGGUUCGGCAUUAACCGCAUGGUAUAUCACUGCAAAUGGGACGUCGCCGCUAGAGGCUACCGGCCGUGAAAUAUUGACAAGAAAAACUGGCGGGCCGCUACGUUCCCCCUCUCCGCUUCUCACACAACGUCAGGGGACGGCCGAGGGAAGAGGGUGCGUGGCUCUAUCCUCCUGCUGAUCAAAGUGGCAGCAGAGUGUCUCAGAACGUAACGCUGGUGCGGAUGAUGCGGGUGAGAUGGCAGCGAUGUGGGAUUACUGGUUCUUCUUACUGCUGGUGAACCUCACCGUGCAUACAUGGACCGCCGUGGCACAGAGUAGCAGCGGGCCCAUCGUCACAACACUGCAGGGGAGACUACAGGGAAAGGUACUGGACGUCGGAGGGAGGACGGUCAACGCCUUCCUCGGGAUUCCUUACGGCGCACCUCCCGUCGGGCCCCGAAGAUUCAAGCCGCCCAUCGCGGCGGAGCCGUGGAACGGCGUCUACAAUGCGUCGUCCUACCCGAACACCUGUAUGCAGCUUCCGGACACUACGUUUCCCGGGUACAGGGGUGCGGAAAUGUGGAACCCGAACACUCCGGUGAGCGAGGACUGCCUGUAUCUGAACGUGUGGCAGCCGUCACCGGUUCCGGUCGGCGCCACGGUCAUGGUGUGGAUCUACGGAGGAGGGUUCAUGUCUGGGACGUCCUCCCUGGAUGUGUACGACGGCAGAUACCUCGCCGCCACGCAAGGUGUCAUCGUCGCCUCCAUGAACUACAGGACGGGGGCGAUGGGCUUCUUGUCGUUCGGGAACUCGGAAGCGCCCGGUAACGCGGGGCUCAUGGACCAGAACUUGGCGCUCACGUGGAUCAAAGAAAACGCCGCGUCCUUCGGAGGCGACCCGAAUAAAGUGAGCAUCUUCGGCGAGAGCGCGGGAGCCGCUAGCGUGAGCUAUCACCUGUUGUCUCCGAUGAGCAAAAACUUGUUCCAGGGAGCUAUCAUGGAGAGCGCGUCGGCGCUGUCUCCGUGGGCGCUGCUCUCGGACGCGGAGGCGUCCACGCGCGGGGUUGAGCUCGCCAAGGCCGUCGGUUGCUCCACGGACUCAGACGUAGAAAAAACCAUCGAGUGCAUGCGAGGAGUUCCCGCGCGUACCAUCGCUGAAAACGACUGGGUUGUCUGGGGUCUGUGUCAGUUCGCGUUCGCUCCCGUUGUGGACGGGAACUUCAUCAGAGAGCACCCGACUCAAUCCCUUGAAACUGGCAACCUCAAACAGACAGACGUCAUGGUCGGGUUCAACAAAGACGAGGGGGUGUACUUUCUUCUGUACGGAGCCCCGGGCUUUAGCAAAGACACACAGAGUCUCAUCACACGUGAACAGUACUUAGAAAACAUCAAGAUGUCGGUGAUGGGGAUAAACGAGAUUUCCGUGGACGCCCUAUCUUUCCAGUACACUGACUGGGUCAACUUCGACCAGCCUUCCAUGUACCGGGACGCCAUGGACGACCUUUCGGGCGACUACAACUUCAUCUGCCCGGCUCUGUCGUUUGGGAAAGGGAUGGCGUCUUUGGGAAGGAAGAAUUACCAGUACAAGUUUGUUCACCAGGCCUCUAACUUCCCGUGGCCCAAGUGGACCGGCGUUAUGCACGGCUACGAGUGUGAGUUCGUGUUCGGGCUUCCGACGGACCAGAAGAACAACUACACCCAAGAAGAGGCCGUGUUUGCCACACAGAUUAUGACGUACUGGGCUAAUUUUGCGAAGACAGGCAAUCCCAACAAGCAGACCCUGGAAGACCCUGCGCCGGACGUGUGGCAGCCCUACACAGAGGAGGGACAGGAGUAUUUCAUUCUGGAUGUAGGGGGAAACCGGAUGGCCAACGGUCCAAGGUCCAAGACCUGUGCAUUCUGGGACAACUAUCUGUGGGAACUCGACAGGAAGACUGAUGACCUGAUGCAACAAGCACAGUCCUGUACGAACGGCGCCGAAGUUCCUGGAGCUUCGACAUGCAUCUAUACAACCAUAGUCAGCACCGCCAUCUUGCUUUUACUCAACAGCGCCACCACGUUACUGUGAUGGGAACUGCAUGGACAUUGUACAUAGAAUCUAGUACGAAGAAAAAGCAGCGCAUUGAUACUGUUCUAAUGACAUAGCUGAUAUAAAUAAGACAAGGACAAAUCUAGAAACAUUUGGUUAAGACAGUAAAGUUAGAACGGCAACGUGUUAGAUUUUUGGCGACAGAUUGUCAAGGAAAUAUUAUCAUUUUGAAGAUGUGAUAGAACUCAAUUUAGAAACUAGAAUCUACAGCUUUUGGGGCCAAUUUACAACAUCUUUAGUAGAGUUAGUGUCACUAACCCACAAGGUAAGAUUGUUGGGGUGUUCUAUAUGUUUUGGUUGUAGUCAUAAUAACAAUUAUUCGACGAAAAUUAAGAUAGAUGCAACUGUUGAAAGAUUUCAACACUAAUUCAUAUAAAAGCACAAACAAAGUAGUGAAUCAGCAUGAAAGUUCAUCUGAGUUGGUAAAUUACAUUAUGAAGUGAGUCAAAUUUUGAGUUGGAGAACAGUUUAAGUUUUUCAUAAAGUAGUGAAUGUACAAUGUUUCAAAAACAUUUCAUUCAGUCACAUAUUAAUAUUAGAGCCCCUUUUAAUUAAGACUUUGAAAAUUAAGACUUCAUCACUGCCAUUCAUUGUUAUUUUGAAACAGCUUUGCUGAGAUAUGUAGUUCAUGUGUUACCCAAAACCUGACUACCUGGUAGUGUUAAUAAUUAUACUAGUGCGAUUAACAUGAAAGAUAUGGAUGUGAAAUAGAUAUUAAUGUAGGUACAAACGCCUACUAUCAUUACUAUGAAUGUCAGUUCGAAUUUUUUUCUCUGUACGUAUAGUUUUAAAAUGGCUGUAAGACAUACUAGAAACACAGAGGACAAGGGUGAACAUGUCAGUUAUGACGUAGACGACAUGGUCUCAGAAAAGGCCAGGAAUAGACAAAUAAAAACUCUGGCCUUAUAGGUCCCUCCUAAAAAAAUUCAUAACGAAGUCCUGAUACUUAACAACAACAAGUAAAAUAAGUAAAAUUUUCGCAUACUAUUAUUUAUGUUUUGGCCGUUGAAAGAAUGGCUGUGAACAUUAGAAAAGUAAAUAACAAGUCGGCGGAGGAAUAUUUUGGAUUCCACACUGUUAACGUGGAACGUCACCAAUGUGAAAACGCAGCAGAAAAUAGUUCCCAAUACUGCCCCGGCCGGAUAGUCCCUCUAGCCAAUUUGUAGUUGCUGUAACUAUAAACAGACAGUUUAAUCUUGAAAUGACGUCAGACUUGGAUCUCUUGGGCUCCUCAUGACGUCAUCGUCACCGCAACGAUACGCAAAGAGAGCUUCUGUGUCAUGGCGGUGACAAAUUACCAUCACACGGUGCUGCCAGUUAGGUUUGUAGCGUUUGUCCAAGCUUAGUCAGCCUCCACUUUUAGACAGCUUCGUUUUCUUAUCAAGACUAGCUAUGUUUAGUUUCUGUUUUGUUUAUUUUUGUAAGAUC